AUGUCAUCUUCCCGUGUCACAUCCGCCAAUCACUCCAUGGAGAGUUGUAAUACCAGUUUGCAGCGCUCUGGUCUCAAUAUGAGUGUAGGUGACACGCGAUCGAUUGUACUUGCACUCCAAACUCUUCAGGAGAAAAUACGUCGCUUAGAGCAGGACCGCAACCACCAUCAGGAUCAGUAUGAGAAGGCAUUGCAGGCACAUGAGGCGUAUAAACAAGACAUGGAGCAUCAAUUAGAGCAGGAGCGUUCGCACCACCGUCGGCGUGAGAAGGAACUGCACGAGAUGGUGCAGCGCGCAACUGAAGAAAAGACAAGGUUGCAAAGCACACUAGAGGAAAGCCGUAAGGAUUUAGGAACGUUUCGUACCGAACUUGAGGAAAUGCUGAUGAAGGAGUGCGACGCCUCGAAGAAACGUGAGAGUGCGCUCAAUAGCGAAAUGGAAAGGCUCCGACAUGAGCUGGAGGAGCAACAAAAAAAACACCGUACAUUACUCGCGUCCAUUGAGGAACUGAAAGCAGAGAAGGAGGCGGCAAUUGACACUAAUCAUCACUUGGAACAGGCCAUACAGGAACUCAUGCGGCGCUGCGGUACGGGAAGUGUAGACAAUUCCCGCAUGACCGAUUGUGAUGUGACUAGGCUGACAAAUGGCAGCUGUAGGAGGAAUAGCCGCAAACCACGUAGAUCAAACGCGUUUGUGGGUCCCGUUAGGGGUCGGCUGCAGGAGGCACGCCAUCUUGUUAAUAUCUCUGGUCACUCGGCGGAGCGGCGCCGGGCAUCUGUGGGUCUCGCAGGCAAUACACGGCGUACCUAUAGAGAUCCAACAUAUUCUUCCAUUCAACGCGAUGCGAGAAGAACCAGCGCUGGCCGCGCAUUGGAGCUUGGGCUUAACAAUUCCUACCAUGUAAGACCUGUGUCUCGUGGGAGAGCGGCAACUCCGGUAAACCAAAGUCACUUUGAUUCUGUCGAGGGGGGACUGCGAAGCGGGGCAAUGAAGGAAGUGUAUGAAGAACUGCAAGAGGAGCUAAAGAGCCUUCAUCAACAAUACAAAGAUACUGUGGAGCGCGCUGCAGCAGAGGAAAUUAGUCCUGAAGUGGUGACAGCCGCUCUCAAUCGCAUCUCAACUCUGAUGGACCGUAAGACUGAUCAGAUUCGGCUCAUUAAGGAGGCACAGAGAGAUAUGGCGAAUGCUGGGGUGACUGUAACUGAUGUACCCGUUCCUCGGCCCAUAAGCUCGGAUCGGCGGCGCAAUCCCACUCCUGUGGGCGCUGAUAAAACUACUCAGCGGAGCCUUAUCGUUAAUGAGCUUCGCUCCUUAUAUUCCCAGCAUCGGUAG